AUGAGGAUGCCCAUUCUAACCAGUGCCAACUCCAGCUCCUCUGCAUUCCUGCUGAUGGGCUUCCCAGGCCUGGAGUGGGCUCACCGCUGGAUCUCACUGCCCAUUUUCCUAGGAUACCUAGUGGCCCUCAUGGGUAAUGCCACCAUCCUGCAUCUAGUACGAACUGAUCCUUCCCUCCGCCAGCCCAUGUACUACUUCCUGGCCAUCCUGGCUGUGACGGACCUGGGCCUGUGCAUGUCCUCGCUGCCCUCGGUGCUGGGCGUGCUGUGGUUUGACGCCCGGGCCGUGGGCCUGGUGUCCUGUGUUCUGCAGCAGCAUCUCCUCCAUUCCGUCUCCUUCAUGGAGUCGGCUGUGCUCUUUGCCAUGGCUCUGGACCGCCUGGUGGCCAUCCGGUUCCCACUGCACUAUGCGUCUGCGCUCAGCGGUCCUCGCGUGACCCUGGCCGGGCUGGUGCUGGGAGUGAGGAGCGCAGCCAUCACCACUGCACCGUCCCUGCACCUGCUGAAAUUUGACUACUGCCGCCGCGGGGCGCUCUCCCACGCUUACUGUCUCCACCAGGACAUGAUCCGCCUGGCCUGCUCAGACACACGCUUCAACAGGAUCUACGGGCUAUGCGCUAUAAUGCUGGCCAUGGGUUCCGACGUCGUCUUCAUCCAGCUCUCUUACACUGUCAUCCUCCGCACAGUGCUGGCCAUCGCCUCGGCAGGGGGGCGUCUCAAGGCCCUCAACACCUGCGUCUCCCACAUCCUGGCUGUGCUCUGUUUCUAUGUGCCUGUGAUGGGCCUGUCCGUCGUGCACAGAUUCGGGCGUCACACCCCGCCCCUGGUGCACACCCUCAUGGGCACCGUCUCCGUGCUUUUCCCACCCGUGAUGAACCCUGUCAUCUAUAGCAUCAAGACCCAGCAGAUCCGAAGGGCCAUUGUCAGGGCGAUCUCCUUGGGGAAGGUACAGUGA